AUGACGCCAACCAUCUACAACCCUACAUUGACUAUAGUGAAACCCUUGUUCCUACAAAGUUACUCUUCCUACAGUGGCUUGAUUUACAGCCACGCAUCUCGGGUAUCUUACUUGGAGCUCAUUGGCGGUAAUAGUCGGUCAUUCCUGGCUGUUGUUUCCGUGGAUAUUUUCCAAUGUCAGUCUGUCACUUACAUCUAUCAUAAGAAUAUCCCGGGCAGGAAAUGCAUGGACCAAGACGCAUUUUACAUCUCAACUGCUGCGUUGGAUCUCAUCAGCUAG